ACGUUGCUUUGCCUCCUCACCGCAAAGCCAUAGUAGCUGCAGUCAUAUAUCUCUUCCUGUGAUAGUUAAACUUGUCUUUCUCGCGAUCGGAGAACGAUGGUCUCACUCAUCUUCUUCGCGAUGCUAAGCCUGGCGGUGGCCAAGGCUCAGUGGUUGCCGGGGCAUGCCACGUUCUACGGAGCCAACCAAGACCCUACUUCGCUUGGAGGAGCUUGUGGUUACGACAACACCAUCCACGCCGGCUUCGGCAUCAACACGGCAGCCUUGAGCGGCGCGCUGUUCCGACAGGGCGAGGCCUGCGGCGCGUGCUUCGAGAUCGCCUGUGACGCAGGCGCCGACCCGCAGUGGUGCCUUGGCCACGCCACCGUCACCGUCACCGCCACCAACUUCUGUCCUCCCAACAACAACGGUGGCUGGUGCGACCCGCCCCGUCGUCACUUCGACAUGUCUCUCCCCGCCUUCUCCCGCAUCGCUCGUGUAGGCAGCGAAGGCAUCGUCCCAGUCCUCUACAGAAGGGUGGCCUGCAAGAGGUCAGGCGGAGUGCGGUUCACGCUGAAAGGACAGGGAAACUUCAACCUGGUGAUGUUCUCCAACGUGGGGGGGAGCGGCGACGUGAAGGCUGCAUGGAUCAGGGGCUCGAGGGCGUCGACGUGGAGCGCCAUGCAGCGGAACUGGGGCGCCAACUGGCAGACCAACGCCGACUACCGGAACCAGCGGCUGUCGUUCCGGCUCGCGCUCGGCGACGGGAAGACCCUGGAGUUCUCAGGCGUUGUACCCUCAAGCUGGAGCCCCGGGGAGACCUUCGUGUCCCAGACUCAGUUCUCGUAGCAGAAGACUGAGAGGACAUCGACCCAUAGCUACAGGAACUACGAGCAACAUUGAAUUCCUUGAUGGCGUAAUUUAUCCCAUCUCUACAUUUCUCAUUGCUGCUAUUACGAAAUUUAUUCUUCUAUUCGGUAAUUUGCUUCAUGUUGUUACUCGAUUGAUGCCUAAGGCAACAAUCGUAACUAUAUAAAAUGUCUCUGAAUCAGCAAGUUUGUAAGCGCAUAUAUUGCACCAUUUAAUCGCAAUAAAAUACAUAUUCUUUA